GCCUGCAGAGCAGAGGGCGGGAGUGUGAAUGAGGCCGCUGCGAGCGAGCGCGUGUGGGCGGAGAGCUUGGAGGAGGACCGAGGGAGGCGAGCUCGCAGCCAGCGUGGAGGCCCCGCGAGCGAGCGCCGCCCAACGCAGCAGUCGGCAGCAUGAGCGCCCCGCAGUCAGCUGCCUCAGAGAGUCCUACCGAGGGCACAAGAGGCCCAGCAGGACAGGCUGUGGCAGGUGUCCGGGAGAAGGGCCCUCGGCUCUGCCAGCGGCUGCCUUCUAUUGUGGUGGAACCUACUGAAGUGGGUGCUGUGGAAAGCGGGGAGCUGCGCUGGCCACCUGAGGGCACCCAGAGGGUUACCCCUCAGAUCCAGGCUGCUGCUGCUCCUUCCCCGAGUCCACCAGGAGCACCAGGAAAGGAAGCAGAUGAUGACGAUGGCAUCCAGGGUGCCAGCUCUGGGCCGCAGGCAUUUCCUGGUCCCGUAACAGAUGAGGGCACGACAGGCUCUGCUCUCUGACCGCUGAGAAGGCCUCAAUCCCAAAACGACUAGCUGAUUCACAGAAGAGGCUGGGCCCACCAGGACACCCAGCUCACCAAGCUUCCUGCCUGACUAGGUGUGGCCAGGACUUCCACCCCUGCCUUUGUGCCCCCUGGCCCAGAUCUGGAGGAUACCCCUCUUUGUCCAGUGGUUUGAAGCAGAAAUAAAGGCACCCUUCCUGGCAGCUACGGCCACCCUUGGUGGGUACUUGAGGUGCUAGGGACAAUUUUGGUUCUACCGGUGGCUUUCUGAUCUCUCCUAAGAACCUAGGCUGAGUGUGGGGUGGGUAAGACCUCGGGGGCUUGGUGCUUGGCCUGGGAUGGGGAAAGGCAGGCUGAGCAGAGGCAGAAGGCUCCAGGGGCGGGUCUGUGCAGGGCUGCAGAGUGGACUCCUCUACUGUCUCUGCCCAGGGACCCUCUCGCUGCUUUUCCUCAGCUAGACUGCCCACGGCCACUGUUCCUGGUGGCCUCCCACUCCUGUUGGAGAUCUCCUGGGGGC